AGCCCCAGAGCGAAGGGCCGCGUUUGGGAGGAAAAGAGACUCACUGCCCUGGGUUGUGCAUUUGCCGAGAAAGGCCCAGCGAACAGUUAAAUAAAUGUUUUAAAACAGUAAGAUUUAGCAGAUUAUUACGUGAGGUAAAAAGUGAUACUUGUGCCAAAACAAUGUAUUUCAUUGCCUCCAGCGUAUAAAAAUCAUUGUCAAUGAAUUAGCAAAUGCUUCAGUUUGUGAGUAUCCUCAGUCACGUCAUCUACUGUUUCCAACUUAACUUUGAUGCCACACCUCAGAAACUAAUUAGAUUUUCUGAAAGGGCUCUUUUGUUACUGGGGCAUGUGGAAAAGCCUCUGGACCCGUAAAAAAAAAUCUUCAUAGUUUUAUGGGUCCCUGUCCUUUUGAGAAUCUUGUCUGCAGCUUGCAAAGAUGGGUGUAGUUCUUAAUUCUAUAAAGAGCACAAAAAAGAGCAUGUUUCUGGUUGCAGGUUUUGACGUAUUUUGGAAAUGGUUUCCUUCCCUGUUAGAUAAUAACUAGAAAGGAAAAUGUGUAGGUAGAAAGAUGUGUUAGAUUUAAACUGUAUUUCCCUUCUGCUCAUAUUUUUGGUUCUCUAAUAUCUGAAUAUCUUCCCUUUUGUGCCGUUUUCACUGUUGAAUUCUUGUAGUUCAUGUACAUCAUGUCUAGAGAAUACAUCAAAUAAUCCAUAGUCUUUUUGGGAGUAAUUGACAUGUAUGCCCUGCCGUGGUUUUGUGUGUACCAGAGAGAACCCUUGAAGGUAAAAAAUAUCCUGAUUGUUUUAAUGUCGGGAUGUGCUAGUGUAAUUAUAUUUAAUUCACGGAAAAAUAAUUAUUUAAUUUUUCUCUGCAUACAGGUUCAUAACAUUAGGUAGUAUAAAAGAGAGUAGUGAAAAUACAAACUGCUGCUUAGCAUGAGAAAGAAGGGUAACAAUAAUUAAACAAGUUGCAUAAAGUUUUUUUCAUUUUUCAUUUCCAAGUUCUGUUUUUAUAUUGCUACUAUUAUUAUUAUUAAGGGGAAAUGCCCUGAAGAUGGAUGGGAUGAAAGCACCAUUGAAUUGUUUCUUCAUGAACUUGCUAUAAUGGAUAGCAAUAACUUCCUGGGCAACUGUGGUGUUGGUGAGAGGGAAGGAAGAGUGGUGUCAGGACUUGUUGCCCGAAGGCAUUACAGGUUGAUCCAUGGAAUUGGAAGGUCAGGUGAUAUUUCUGCAGUACAGCCUAAAGCUGCAGGUUCAAGCCUUUUGAACAAACUUACUAAUUCAGUUGUUCUGGAUGUUAUAAAACUGGCUGGUGUCCGGACAGUGACCAGUUGCUUUGUGGUUCCUAUGGCAACAGGCAUGAGUCUAACUCUCUGUUUUUUAACAUUGAGGCACAAGAGACCAAAGGCAAAAUACAUUAUCUGGCCACGUAUAGACCAGAAAUCUUGCUUUAAAUCAAUGAUAACUGCAGGUUUUGAGCCUGUGGUGAUAGAAAAUGUAUUAGAAGGUGAUGAGCUACGGACAGACCUCGAAGCAGUGGAGGCCAAAAUCAAGGCUCUUGGUGCUGAAAAUAUUCUUUGUGUGCAUUCUACAACAUCUUGCUUCGCUCCAAGGGUACCUGAUAGACUGGAGGAGCUGGCUGUGAUUUGUGCUAGUUAUGACAUUCCACAUAUUGUCAACAAUGCAUAUGGAGUUCAGUCUUCAAAAUGUAUGCAUCUGAUCCAGCAGGGUGCUCGAGUUGGCAGAAUAGAUGCUUUUGUUCAGAGCUUGGACAAAAAUUUUAUGGUUCCAGUAGGUGGUGCUAUCAUUGCUGGCUUCAACGAGUCCUUCAUUCAGGAGAUCAGCAAAAUGUAUCCAGGAAGAGCAUCUGCGUCCCCUUCUUUAGACGUCCUCAUUACACUUCUGUCUCUGGGAACCAGUGGCUACAAAAAGUUACUGAAAGAGAGAAAGGAGAUGUUUUUGUAUCUUUCAAGUGAGCUGAAGAAGCUGGCAGAUAACCACAAUGAGAGACUGUUAGACACACCACAUAAUCCCAUUUCCUUAGCCAUGUCGCUGAAGAAUCUGAAUGAAACUAAUGAUGCUGCUGUUACCCAGCUUGGAUCUAUGCUUUUCACAAGACAAGUUUCUGGAGCAAGAGUUGUUCCUUGUGGGUCUGUACAAACUGUGAAUAACUACACUUUUAAAGGCUUUAUGUCACAUGCAAAUGACUAUCCUUGUGCAUACCUCAAUGCUGCCUCAGCAAUUGGAAUUAAAAAGCAAGAUGUAGAUGUAUUCCUAAAAAGACUUGACAAGUGUUUGAAGACUUUUAGAAAAGAAGCAAAGCAAGAAAAAAGUAUAAAUGAAAUCAUUGAUGCUAAUGCAGCCACAGAACAACUUGAAGAUUAGAAGAUACAGAUUUAGUAACACAGGAAGAUGAGGUUUUGUCUGAAGUAUGUCAGGUUUGUAUUGGGUUAGGACUGUGCAUCUGCAGUGCAGGAAUUUAUUCUUGAUCUUAUAUUCUUGUUAUUGAAAACAAUAAUAAAGAUUUGGGUGGAAUUCAGCUUUAAGAAAGUAGGUGAUACUCUGUCCAAGAACAAAGGGCCAGACACAAGUUUUUUGUGAUGUAUGAAAUGCAGUUAAUAUCUGCCAUAGUAAAGCUUUAUGUUCACAAAGACUUAAGAGUUUGCCUUUCAAUUUGGCUGUGGUUAUUUGGAUCAGUGUUUAUUGAAUCCCAGUAUGUUUAUUCACAUGUUUUUGUUUAACAAUAUUGUCUGUGGCAGUGACUGAAUUCCCUCCUAGGUAUAGAUCAUCCAAGCAACACAUUUCUCUGCUCUCAAAAUACUUUGUUUUUCAUCAGUGAAUGUGUCACUUUUAAUUUCUUUUCAAAGAUUUAUGCAAAUGUUGGGAUAACACUUACUAAAUACCCUGUUCAAACUGUGUGGGUAAAUGACAGAGUUGGAAUAGUAAUGUUUUUCAGGUGUUCUCACCCGUCAUGAACUACCUAGAACUAGUCAGCCUCCAGGGGCAAAGAGGAACCUAGAGUACCUCAUAUCCUGUCAGUAUGCAGCUCUUGAAAACAUUUGCAUAUUUCAGCAGCCCAAAGGAGUUUUAAUACUGAAAGUCAGGGGCUGUGAAGAGGUACAGUCAUUGGGGGGUUUUGGCUUUGUUUUUUUUUUACUUUCAUUCUUCUGAUUUGAAAGGGUGUUCAGAUCAAAAAUUGACUGAAAAGGAGGAAUGCAGUAUAGGACUAAUGCAUCAGUUUAAGAUGCCAGUGAGACAUGAGAGUAUUUUGGCAUUUUUAGACCACUGUUGUUGAAAUUUAUAUACUUCCAUUUUUGUAGUGUCUCUUGCCAUUGGCACUGUUGCUUUUGUGGAUCUGUGCAGUUGCUGAUUUGAAUUCAUUAAGCAAACAAUAGAUUCAGAGUCUGUUCCUCAAACAAAGGUUCCAUAUCACUGGAGUGACAGUGCUGCAGGUUGCAAAAUGUGCAAGUUAUUCUCAAAAGUGGUUACUACAUUGUAGAUAGCUUCUAUGUAAUUUACUGUUCAAAGUAAGCAUAAUGUUCAAAUACAUUUUCUUUGUCUGUGUAAUGUAGUAUUGCUCAGGACUCCACAAUUAAUGAGUUCUAAAAGUCAGGAAAUCAUUUAAUCAGAAUAGUGAUGCGUUUGAGAGAUUGUCUGUCCAGCACAUUCAAAUGAAUUCACACAGGAGGUGAUGCCAGUAUGUGGGAGUUAAUAAUGUGCUAAUCAUCAUGAAGGUGCUCUCACUUAAUGAGGUCCAUGGUAUCUUCAGCUUAAGUUGAACUGCUGCUUCCACAUUGUUACUGCUAGAGUUACAUGUUGAUUAAAGCUUGUGCAGGUACAGCUCCCCAGACUGCAGUCAUCAUUGUUUGCUGUACAAGCACAUCCUAGGAGACAAGUCAGGUAACUUGGCCACUGAGCCCUUGUGGCUGUAAGGAGAUGCAAAUAGCUUGUCUUUUUUUUUUCUUUCUCUCUCUCCUUCCUCUCCCUCCUUCCUUGUUUUUUCUGGGUUUGUUGUUUUUGUUUUUUUUAAUGAGAGCAUGCUGUACCUCAGUUUUUCCAGUCAGUAAAACUUCCACAAACUUUGGAGUCACAUCUCUGCAGCUUACUGCCUCAGUACUUGGUAAAUUGGAGCAGCCAGUGAAAACUGCUAGGUUUUAGUGAUACCUUUCUUCCUGGUUUUUGAUAUUGCCUGAAUGAGUAUAAAUUACUGAUUUAGAUGUCCAGUCACAGAAUGUGAAUGUUAGCACUACUAUUACAAGAGUUUAGGGAGGUGUGUGAUAACAGCUAAAGUAAGUAUUUUGAUGAGUAGUAUUCUGAUUCUGAAUAAAGAAAACAGCAGUUGCUUCUCUGAGAGAAAGACAUUUCUGCCUUUUUUGGUCUCAUAAUGAAUUGUCUGCUGAAAGUAAUUCAGUCACUUCUAAUAUAAAUUAAACUGCUUCCUUGAUUAAUGUUUUUUCUGUCUUUGAAAUGUUUCUCAUUUGCAAUCAAAGCUGAAAAUUUCAAGAAAGCUCUAAACAAGAGCUCAUAGACCUAAGGAGUUUUAGAUUUUUACUUCUUAAACCUUUUUUAUUAAAAAAAAAAUAAGGCAAUGACUUUAAUUGAAAACAAAUAUAAAAUUUAAUUUGUGUCAUUCAAAUUCUUCACAGAUCUUAGUGAAGCCACCUGAAAUGAGAAAAUCAAUAAUAUUUUGAUAAAUGUGUUCCACCACAAUGUAUAAACUCUUGAACCAAGUAUUCAUGUUACAUUGCUUUGGUAAGCUUUUGUACCAGUUUUCAGUUUUAUUUGCUUGCUUUAUCCCCAUAAAUGUCUUCAGUUUUAAUUAAUACUAAUUUUUUUAAGACAGAACCAUUCUAUAAUGUCGUGUAAGUGUAAGGAAAUUUUAAGUAAUUCAAAUGGCAAUAUCCUACCAAGUAAAUGGAGAAGACAGGGCUCUUUACAGCAUAUUUGGAAUGGGAGAUUCAGUAGAGGAUAAAAAGUAUUUUUCAAGUAAGAGUAUAAAUUUCUUAUUCUCUAUUCAGUAAUGUCUAUAAUAAAGUAGUGAAAUAACACUGGAGCAUAUACUCAUGAGCAGAGGUUUCCUUUCCUUUGUAUAACAGUUACAGGGAGAUUUCAUGGCUGUGGCAGCUCCCACCCACUUAAAGUAGUACUGUGAAAGAUGGCAGUGUCAUGGGCAUAUAUCAAACUGCACAGAGUAAAACAAAUAGCCAAUGCAUUAGCAGUUAUUUGGUUUCUAUAAAGAUCUUUCCAAGAUUGUACAGUGAAUUAGAAAAGCUUCUUAAUUUGCAGAGCUUUUUCUAAUCUCUACAUACACACAUCACUGAAGGCUUUCACAUGGCUCAAAAAUCUGUAAGAGCCAGCUCACUGCCUCUUCUACAUUAUGAGAGAGACAUCUGGGAAAGCUGCCUGGGCUUCAGAACAUACUCAGAGUUCAUAGAACAGGAAUCAUCAGUAGAAACAUCAAGAAGAGAUGCCCAUUUAGUAAGGCUGUCUCACAGCUACUGUUUAUGUAGGUACCUUUCUCCGUCAUCUUCGAGGUCGCAGCAUGUUGUUAGGGUGCAAGAGUAGGCAGGGACUGCUCAGGUUGCUGCAGUCUGAUUCACCAAGUGACUUUCUGCCCUUACAAGGCCUCCAGCUGUUGUGUGAGGUGCUUUUCUAUCCCACUGAUAUUGCAUCUUAGGCUCUCUGGAUCUAUACAGGUGGAAGAAAUGAGGGAGCAGAUGGCUGUGCCUUAUAAAAAUAGCACUGGGAUAAUAUAGUGCGAGUAAACUGACACUGAAUGACCCAUCUCACAGGCCCACUCUUAGUUUACUUUUUUUUUUGAUAAUAUCUGAGAUAAUCAACAAAACAAAGAACUUGGAGCAAUAAUAUUGCCUAUUUGUGCUUUGCUCAUAACAAUUGCCUAAGAUACAAAGCAAAUAAAAUCUACCAGAUGCAGCAAAUUCUCUUGAGCCUAAGAAAGCAAAAUUGUAAUGUUGCAAAUGUAAAUGCUGGCAUUGCAGCUUAAUACACAUAUAAACCGAGCAAUCUAUAUUGUGUGAUCAUCAUUUUUUAAGAAAGCCUGGAGCCCAGAGACUAGCAAAUGUUCUCAUCUGCAGUGUAUCAGCAGUUCUCAGUCUUCAGCUGCUGUACAGAUAAUAAUUCUAAUUGAAGAAUCAUUACAUGGAUCCCUAUGUGAAUGAUAGAUGGGCUACAGCCUUUGUUCAUGAUACUUUAAAAAUUGAGUUGCUGCUUCUACUUUUAUAAGGGGAGAUUAGAUUGCCUUUUCCCGUCCCCCCCUUUUUUUUUUUAACACAACAUUUUAAUCACCCUGGUCUGACAGGAUUUGGAAUUUGAAGGGAAAACAAUUUCCAUAGCUGACAAUUUUUUUAAACAAUAGCUAUUUAAAACCUUGAAUUGGUUACAAAGUUACACUCCACAGAGAAUCUUUGUUCAAAUGUUUUUAUUUCUGAAACUAGUGCUUGAAAAAUUGUGUUCCAUGUGCUCUGUAAUAAUUGUUUUUCAUAUAAUAUACUUUUUUCCCCUCAAAGAUAACAGCAUACACUUUAGUGCAGUUUAAUAAUCCUUUUAAAAAUCCAUAGUUAAAAAGGCAUUUGCUCCAUUACUCAUCAAGCAUCUGUUGUAUGAAAAAACUGGUAAUAUAUUUAUCUUGAUGGAUAAGCUUCAGUGUUCUGGACCAAGUUCAGUGUAACUGGACCAAGCAUUCAAUACUCCUUUGGGGAUCCUAAAGUCAAGUUCAUGAUCUAAUUAAGAUGGGUGUGAUAAUUAUAUCUGCUGCUGGACAGGAGUCUUUCAUCAAACCGCAUUUCAACCAAAUUCAAAGUUGAUCCAGUUCAGAAGCUGAAUUGAUUUCUUAACGUGGAUGGUGAAAUUUAACUUGCCCUUAGAAUCCUGUAUUCCAAUCCAGGCUGAGCCAGUUAUGGCCAAAUUAUAACCAUUUGAUUUUUAAUGUAACAUGAAUAGAACGAAUACAGUGGUUUCAGCUGGGUGCUACCUUUCGUAUUAGUUGUUCUCAAAGGGUUGGUGUUCUCAAAGUUGUUCUCAUCUCAGCAGCAGAGGUGGGUGUGUUAUUGAUCUUUUUCUAGGCAUCCCAAGUAGGAACACACUACUUGGGAAUUGAAGAUGAACACUCAUGAGCAUUCCUACUCAUCUGUUUUCUCCAAAAACUCCUUCUGAGGCAAAUUUCCUGUAAUUGAAGUGUACCAGAGGAGCACAUGGCCAAAAUACAGGGAAAAGGAGCAAGGUCUCCAACAUUUUUUAAUCUUUCUGCAGUGGUUAUAUCUGUUUGGCUCUUGUGAUAUAUAAAGCUCAUAUUGCUAUGGAAACUCAUGUAAAGAAUGUUUGCAGCCAUUCUUGUCUCUUACCUAAACUAUUUCUGAGCUACCUGUGUAGGCCCUGGGCAGGGUGCACUGCUCCAGCACUGCAGCUGGUAGUUCAUGGGGGCAGCCCUGAGCUCUGGCUGCAGGAGAAUUUGGUGCCCAGUAGGGGAAAGCAUUACUGCUUUGCUUUGGUACUGGGCUGCCAAGCACACAUGAAGUAGAACUAGUUUG